CCCUUCCUCAGUUACGUGCUGUACUCCCUGCUGGCGGCGGUGGGUCUGCUCACCCACUACCUGCUGCCUCAGGUCCGAAAGCAGCUGCCCUGGUACUGCUUCUCUCACCCGCUGCUCAAAACCAAGGAGUACUACCAAUUUGAAGUCAGGGACGCGGCUCAUGUGAUGUGGUUUGAGAAGCUCCACGUGUGGCUGCUGUUCCUGGAGAAGAACGUCCUUUAUCCCCUCAUCAUCCUCAACGAGCUGAGCGGCAGCGCCAGAGAGCUCGCCAGCCCCAAGAGACUCGACACCGAGGUGGGCGCUCUGAUGAUCACGGUGGCCGGGCUGAAGCUGCUGCGCUCCUCCUACAGCAGCCCCACCUACCAGUACAUCACCAUCCUCUUCACCGUCCUCUUCUUCACCUUCGACUGCCGCCACCUGUCCGAGACGCUGCUGCUCGACCUCUUCGUCAUGUCCAUCGUCUUCAGCAAGAUGUGGGAGCUGUUCUACAAGCUGCACUUUGUGUACACCUACAUCGCCCCCUGGCAGAUCACAUGGGGCUCAGCCUUCCACGCCUUCGCUCAGCCCUUCGCUGUGCCUCGUAUCCUUCCACCACGCUCUGUUACAGUUAUUAUGAUGUGCACUGUUUCUCAGGCAGAGCUGAACCACU